AUGGAUUGUUCAAGUUUAGAUCUUUUUGUUGAUGAAACAUAUCUUUUAGCAUUAAUCAACGAUGAACCACUCCCAAAUUCAGAUGAAAAAUAUGCUUAUGAAUUACAACUUCAAGAAGCUCUGUUUUCCUCUUCUUCAAUUCCAAAAACUGAUGAUUUUGAAUCUUUACAAACUGAGGAUGAAAAACAGAGCAACCCAGAAAACAGAGAGAUUGGUGAAUCAUCACAAACCCAACUUAUUUUCUGUGGAAUUUGCAUAGAAUUCAAGCAAAACCCAGAAAUAUUUCAAGGUUUAAACAAUUGUAAGCAUGCUUUCUGCAUUUAUUGCAUUGUGAAAUACGUCGUAUCGAAGAUUAAGCAAAACAUUGCUUUUGUUGAAUGCCCUGAUCCUAAAUGUAAGCAAGUGAUAGAACUAGAAAAUUGCAGCUCCAUUUUACCUUGCGAAGUGUUUGAGAGGUGGGAAAAUGCUGUUUUUGAAGCUAUGAUUCCUGGAAAUCAAAAAUUUUACUGCCCAUAUAAGAAUUGUUCUGUUUUAAUGGUGGAUGAUGGGGAGGUGGAGGUGACAAUGUCAGAGUGCCCAAGUUGUAGGAGGCUGUUUUGUGCUCUUUGUCGAGUUCGAUGGCACGAUGGGAUUUCGUGCGAGGAGUUUGAGAGGUUGGGGGAGGAUGAAAGAGAGGAGGAGGAUAUAAUGGUGAUGAAGCUUGCUAAAGAUAAAAGUUGGAGGAGGUGCCCUAAUUGUAGGAUUCAUGUGGAGAAAACUGAGGGAUGUCUUCACAUGACUUGCAGGUGCCAUUGUGAAUUUUGCUAUCAAUGUGGAGCUAUGUGGAGCCCCCAUGCUCAUUGA